UAAGCAAUAUAAAAAGAGGGUUCACUUCCAUAAAAAAAUGAAAAUCUAACCCAAAUCCCCCCAAAUCCCAUUCUCCACAAUGGAAAUAGAAACCGGCCCACUCCCGCCGCCUUCUCCUCCGGCGCAGUCCCACAUCGGCCGCCUCAACUCCUACGUCGCCAAAUCCCGCAUCGGCAAGCGCUUCAAGCUAGCCGAGCGCAACACCUCCUUCACCACCGAACUCCGCGCCGGCACCGCCACUUUCCUCACCAUGGCCUACAUCCUCGCCGUCAACGCCUCCAUCCUCUCCGACUCCGGCGGCCCCUGCUCCGUCUCCGACUGCAUCCCCCUCUGCCCCAACUGCCCCCUCGACUCCUCCUGCAAAUUCCACCCCGUCAAUCCCGGCUACGCCGCCUGCCUCGAGCGAACCCGGAAAGAUCUCAUCGUCGCCACCGUCGCCUCCUCCCUCAUCGGCUGCGUCGUUAUGGGCAUCUUCGCUAAUCUCCCCCUCGCCCUCGCCCCCGGGAUGGGCACCAACGCCUACUUCGCCUACACCGUCGUCGGCUUCCACGGCUCCGGCAACGUCUCCUACCAAUCCGCCUUAGCCGCCGUCUUCAUCGAAGGCCUCCUCUUCCUCCUCAUCUCCGCUAUCGGCCUCCGCGCCAAGCUCGCCAAACUCGUCCCGAAACCCGUCCGAAUCUCCUCCUCUGCCGGCAUCGGCCUUUUCCUGGCCUUCAUUGGGCUGCAGAGCAAUCAGGGCAUCGGCCUCAUCGCUUUCAGCCCCUCCACAUUGGUGACACUUGGCGGCUGUCCUGCAGCCGCCAAGGCCGCAGUCGCCGCAACGGUGCCAAAUGGCACCGUUUCUGGCGACAUACUCUGCCUGCACGGGCGCAUGGAAAGUGCCACGCUCUGGCUGGGCAUCGCGGGAUUCAUAAUAAUCGCCUUCUGCUUGGUGAAAAACAUUAAAGGGGCCAUGAUUUACGGAAUCGUAUUUGUAACUGCCGUUUCCUGGUUCAGGAACACCAGAGUGACGGCGUUCCCUGACACGCCAGCAGGGGACGCCGCCUUCAAUUACUUCAAGAAAAUUGUGGACAUCCAUAAAAUUGAGAGCACCGCGGGUGCUCUCAGUUUUAAGAGCAUCGGAAAGGGGCAUUUCUGGGAGGCGCUGGUGACGUUCCUCUACGUCGACAUUCUCGACACCACGGGAACUCUCUACUCGAUGGCGAGCUUCGCCGGAUUCGCGGACGAAUCCGGCGAAUUCGAGGGGCAGUACUUUGCGUUCAUGUCGGACGCGUCGGCGAUCGUGGUGGGGUCGCUGCUGGGGACGUCGCCGGUGACGGCGUUCAUCGAGUCGUCGACGGGGAUAAGGGAGGGCGGGAGGACGGGGAUGACGGCGAUCACGGUGGCGGGGUACUUCAUGCUGGCGUUCUUCUUCACGCCGCUGCUUGCGUCGAUACCGGCGUGGGCGGUGGGGCCGCCGCUGAUACUGGUGGGGGUGCUGAUGAUGAAGGCGGUGGUGGAGGUGGACUGGGCGGAUAUGCGGCAGGCGAUUCCGGCGUUUAUCACCUUGAUUUUGAUGCCUCUCACCUAUUCCAUUGCUUAUGGCUUGAUCGCUGGGAUUGGAACAUAUAUUGUGUUGCAUUUUGGGGAUUUGAUUGGGGAUUUCUUGCACAGAUUUAGGUCUAAUACUGAGGUUAAACAAGAUCAACAAGUAUGAUUUUUAAUAUAGUUUAUCAUUUGUCAUACAUUUUUUAUAUGUAUAUAAUUUGUUUUCUUCUUAAUUUACUUGAUGUACUACCAAUUGCUUGUUACAGCAAUUUGGAAUUUUACGAAAUUUUGAAAUUAAUGAAUUCCUAGUCCUACUAUUAA